CCAGUGUGACCACCGAUGCUUUCCAAGGGUUGUGUACCUUGUCUCCUUCCUGUGUCGGGUUGGGUGAAAUUUGAGUUUCUUUGACUCUCUGAAAACUUAAAGGCAUGCAUCUUCCCAGGGUGAACAUCUUUUGCUUUGUGAGGGGCCAUCAAUUGUCCUCCGCGACUGCUGAGAUUUUUAUCCUUAAAGAGUUGGAUCAUUUUCUUUCCCUCCCAAUUGGUGAUUUAUAGAUGGAGAGUCCAGGCCUUUUCCUUGACUGUUUAUCUUUUUGGUUGGGCCCUGACAAUAUGCUGGCUGGGAUAUUCACAUUGGCCAGGGUGUUCAGGGGCGAGAUGCCAGUUCCAGGGCCCAGGGGUGGUUGGGGGAGGAGGGAGGCCGGAGAUUCCAGUCCAAAGCUAAUGGGCUGAUGUCCAAGUGGAAAGUGUAUUUUCAUUGAGGAAGUGUAGGUAUUAGUGGAGCCUGGAUUACUGUGUGAUUGUGCUGUCAAUACUGCAGUAUUGAGUCCGUGAGAGCCCGCACAAUACAGGGAAACACUUAGCUCACUACUGCUGCUUAUUGAGAAGCCAAUAGCAAUUUACUUGCUGACACUUGACAUCAAAUCCAUUCCCAGAGGUGGAGCUCCUGCACAGUAUCAGGGGAGCUCUCUCCCUUCCGGGGGCUCUCUCCUACCUUGGGGGUCUACCGGCGUGUGGCCUGCAGGGCCAGUGGCUGCCUCCCAGUUGGGGGAGGGAGAGAGGUGGGGUGGCAAUGGGGGAGACAGUCUUGUUUAACUUUCAUAGUCGACAAGACGUUUUCUUCUCUUCCUAAUCAUUUUUGUUACUUGUCUUCUUUCAACAAGUGCUAAAUGACCCUCUCUUCGUUCCUCCCCGGGGUGUGAAUUUUCUGCAUGUGGGAACUUUCUCCUCCUCUUUCCAUAAAAAAGUUUGUUCCUUAAAAUGGAUACAUGAGGAAAUCAUAUGUGGGAGAGAGAGGCGAGGAGUGUCUCAUCUCCAGGAGAUGGGCGGGUGUCUGAGGGAACUGUGAAGGCUGGGAAUGUGCUGUGUUGGGGGGCAGAGUUUCCUGCCCCCCCUCCCCCGCCAUGAAACCUAGGGCAGGGGAGCAGGGCCUCCUCAUGCCCACGUUCUGGGGGCACGUGUGACUCCAGGGGUUUGGGGAUUGGGCACAGCCAACAUUAUUCCUUCUGUAACUACUCAUGUGGAGUCUGUCUGCAAAGUGUCUGGCUGCUUGAUUUACAGUGUUUUCACAUGGCCAAGUCAUUUAGAUGCCUUUAGACCCUAAAGUCUUCUCCAAAUAAUCAGCUCACAAAUCAGGGUAACCCGAUUCUGGGAGGCAGAACCUAACACAGACAGAUUUGGGGGUGACCAGUCCAUAGUUCCCAUUGGUUCCUUGGCCUCCUUGAAUGCUGGUGUCAUUUGAGUUUUGUCUCUGUGUUCCCAUGCCUUGGGACCCUGUCCAAGCCAUUUUUUAGUGUGUCUUACAUAGGCCUGUUUGUGACCAGUACUUGGAGGUUGGGUGAAAGGAGAAUCAGACUUGGUUGGGAAGGUUCGAUGAUCUCAAACCCAGUCACCAUGGAUGGUGCUAUUGCCUGUGGGUGGGAGAGGGAAGGCGGAGGAGGAAGGCCUUGUCUGUGGGAUAUCACGAGGCUCCAUGGAGACUGGCCUGAGUUCCCUGGAGUCUGCUGCCUCCAGUGUCCACCUUAUUCUUCCCUUUUUCCUCCGUCCCCCUACUUUUCCCUUCCCAUCCAGGUGGCUCCUUCCUCAGCCAAAGACUUGGUUAUUUCAUUCAUGUCCAGCAAAAUAGAGCUGUGUGGCAGUGGGAUUAGGGGGCUCUGACUAUUUUACCUUUUAUCCAGUGACCUUGACUGUGUCCAGAAUUUGAUGGAAAUAUGUGGGCAGCGGCCUGUGUGUCUGUUGUUGAUGGAGCACUAAACUGGGGACGGUGUUACUUGAUUACGAUAGUGUACAUGCUUUGUUUGUAGGACAGCUUUCUCUGGGAAGAGGACAGUGCUCAAAGGAAGUCAUUCUACCCUGUUUACAGGUGGGGCAGUGAAAGCUGGUGUCACCUCCAGUAAGCCUGUCCACAAGUGGAGGUGUCGCUCGAGCUUUUGUUGCUUUUUGUUAAUGGUCUACCAUUGGAUGGGGUCACAUUGCCCUUGCACCAACACCGCGGUGUAUGUCGUUGGAGCGUCCUUCUCCCGGUUACACCAGCUCUGAGAUGGUGGGUGGUGUUAAGACUACACGAAGCACGCCUGGUGGGUUUGAGGUCGCAGACCUACCUGAGCUCUGAUUCCAGCUGGCUUCAAGAUGUUCACAUUAACCCUUUCCAGGCCCCAGGUUUCUGUAUCACAGAGGGACCUACUUGAAGGAUGCCUUAGGGGUCCUUCUAGCUCUAGAUGAUCACAGGUAGGAGUCUGGAGGUGACUGGUCCUGUUUGCACAGGCAGAAGUGCUCUCAUUUAAGUACAGUGACAUUGCCCAAUUUCUGGGAGAAGUUGAUCACGUUCUGGCUGCUCCUUGGCUGGUGGUUUUGGUGGAUUGAAUGAUGGGGGAAAGUCUCCCUUGGGGGCUGGGCUGGUUGCUGACCAUUGUAAAGAUGUAGAGGCCUUGGCUAUGUCCAGGACAGGUUGCAGACUUAGGAUCAUGUGGGUACAGGCUCAUAUGCCUUCUAGAUUUAAGGAAGGGACUUUCUGGACUUAUUUUCAUCUUUGACAGACUCUCCAAAUUCUGUGGCCAUUACUGUGGCACUAGUGGGAUAGGCCUGCAUUUUAGUAAAAUCUGGGGAGUUGUCCUACUUUAUCUGAUUUCUCAAGUUUCUGGGCUUUGGCCCUUUGUUUUUCCCCACAUUCACAGGCUUAGUUUGGGCCCCUGUCCCCUUGUGAUUGAACUCGUGCAACAGGUUCCUAAGGAAUCUCUCAUCCACCCAUUUCUGUGCCAGAGAUUGCAAAGUUGUGGCCCUAUAGGCAAACCCUGGCCCAUGGGUGUGUUUUGUUCAGCACAGACUAUAUCUUAAAGUUUAUUGUUUGAGAGAGAGAACGAGUCGCGGAGAGGGGCAGAGAGAGAAAAAUCCCAAGCUGUCCCGUGCUGUCAGUGCAGGGCCCAUUUUGGGGCUCAAACCCAUGAGCCCUGAGAUCAUGACCUGAGCUAAAAUAAAGAGUUACACUCUUAACCGACUGAGCCACCCAGGUGCCCCAGCACAUAGUGUGUUGUAAAAUUUGGCAUAUUUCAGUGUAAAAAUUGGGAUUGGCUACAAAAAAAGGGGAGAUUUGGCACUUGUUGUUCUCAAGGGCAAAGGCUGUCUAGAGCAGAAUAGUGGCUGCCCCUCCUUGAAGGACCAUGUGCUUUUCAGAGCACCAGGGUGGGUCCCUGUCAUUCCAUCCCCUUGCACCUGGCCAGCUCCUUCACGGUUGUUACCUGCCUGGCACUUAUAGGUCUGUGCCUUCUGUGAUGACCCUGCAUACUGCCACCGAAGCUCUACGUUGCCGUGGUUCUCUGUGGAGACGAUUUUGCCUCCCUCCUGCACUGGAGACAUUUGGCAAUGUCUGGAGACUUUUGUGGUGGUCACAACUGGAGGGGGGAGAUGCUAGUGACAUCUGGUGGGUGGAGGCCAGCGUUGCUGGUAAACCCCCUAGAGUGCAUGGGAUAGCCGCACCCCCCAGCCCUCCGCCCACGAGAACCGUACAGACUGUCCAGCCACAAACGGCAGUAAUCCUGAGGUCAAGGGAUCCUGCUUCUCUUCUUUUCUUGAUCAGGGGCCUGCAGUGCUUCCUUGAUGGCUAGCAUUCUCCCCCUGCCUGCCAGGACUUGUAAACCCUGCGGUCACGAGGCUGACUCUUCCCGCUCAGCUUGCUUUCCCUGCUCAAGUUCCGGGGAUCCGUGCUUUUGUCAGGGCCUGCGCUCCGUGCUCCUGCUCCCCUGGGUGUCCGGCUCCUCUCCUGCCCUUGACCUUUUGUCCCAUCCUUCAUCAGAUGUUUGGGCACACUUCCUGUGUGCCAGGCGCUGUUCUAGGUGCCAGUGAUAGAAAACUCAAUGCAGGGAGGGGAAAAACAGAGAAAAACCCUUGCCUUCAAGAAGCUUGCACUCCCCUCUCUCCCUCAAUAUGCGUAGUUAGUAAGUAAAAUGCAUGCUUUUACAACAUGCUAAAUGCUGUGGAGGAAAAACUAAGGAAAGAAAGAGGGAGUGCUGUGGAGGAUGUGGUUUGCAGGUUAAGUGAUGCUGUGAAGGUCACGUGAGAAGGGUGACGUUUGAGCCAGGACUGGAGGGCCCAAGUGAUGGGGAGGCUUCUGGACAGAGGGAAGAGUCCUUCAGAAACCCUGAGUGGGGGGGGGGUGCCCGGCAUGUCUGAAGAGCAGUGGGCAGCCUGCUUGGGGCGCAGGGGUGCAGAUUAUCCCCUGCCCUGAGCUAGGCGGCCGUUUCAAGAGGGAUUGUGUCUGCAGGAUGGUGUGACCAGACUGGGGGUGGACAGGCUCUCUCCAGCAGCUGUGCUGGGCUGAGAGCAGAAGCAAGGAGACCAGGAAGGGAUGAUUGCCCCAGCCCGGCCGGCAGUAGCUGUGGCCAGGGCCCUCGCGGAGCUGGGGUGAGAAGUGCUGUGUCAAUUUCUGAGUUGUAAACUGUGUCUUGAAACAGUAGAAGUUCGUUCUUUCAGUUCUGGAGGCUAGACAUUGGUGUCAGCAAGACCAUUGCUCCUUUUGAAGGUUCUAGGCAAGCAUCCUUCCUAGCUCCCAGCGGCUGCUGGCAAUCCUCGGCAUUCCUUAGUGUAUGGCUGAAUCCCUCCAAUCUCUGCCCGUCUUCCCUGUGUGUACCUUGGUGUGCCCACUCCGAUUCUAAGGGCCCACACAAUUGAGCAUGACCUCACCUUAACUUACUUGUACCUGCAAAGGCCCUAUUUUCCAAAUAGGGUCAUGUUCUGGGGUUCUAGGUGGACCAGAAAUUUGGGGGGGGGGCACUUUAAAACCCAUUCUAAGUGGUCACCCUCUGGAUAUAUCUUGAAGGUGGGAUAUUGGGUGGGAGGGAAAGAAGAGUCAAGGAUGCCUGAGAUGACCGGAAGGGUGGGAUCCUUGUGAACUUGGCAGAGCUGGCCUCAGAGGCCCUCCCUCCCUUGCCCCAGAGCCACCAGCCCCACAUCUUCAGUUAUGACUUGUUGCACCCAGCUAAGCUCCAUUGAUCUUUUAUUGAGUUACUGCGUGUCUACUCAAUAUUACUAUUUAGGCCUCUGAGUUAGUCACUCAAAGAUAUAACUGUUUAAUUCUAAACAGAAAGGAGAGGUACCAUAUCUGUCAGAGGAAAACUGGAAAGGAAUUUAGAAGCUUCAUUUUCAAAGGCCUGGAGCCUGUGUCCUUUGAAGUCAUUCUCACAGGUGUUCUAUAAGGUAGGCAGAGUGGGGACAUGUCCUUGUCUUUAGAUGAGGAAAAGUUAGAGGCUAAGUGUCUUAAGAGAAUCACCUAGCAGUUGGUUUAAAUCUGAAUUUGACCUCCAGUAGACAGGCAAGAUACUGCUACAGACAAGUGUUAGCUGGUGGGACGGGGGUAGAUUGUAGGGAGACAUUGUCUACUCAUCCUCCCCCGCCACCCACCUACUCACAGCCCAUGAUGUCUGAGAAUCAGAUAGAGGGAGGCCUCAGAACCACCUGCGUGCAUGUUAUGGGGGGCUUGACUUUUGAGGGCCUGUACAAGGGAAGGAAUGGGCUACACGCCUCCUCCUGGCUUGGGCAGACGUUUCCCUAUAGUUUUAAGAGUGUGUAGAGAAGAGGGACAAAUUGAGUUGAGCUGCUUGGCAGGAACUCUUUCAUGUAUGAACCUGAACCUGCAGUCACUGCUCCUGAUUAGUUUGUUGGCCUGUGUAUUGACUACAUUACGUAGAAGAAUGUCUACAGGUCCUUAUGCUACCAGAGAUUCCGGUGACCAAAAAACCAGGGACUGGAUUCUUGCUCUGAUAUUUCCUAGCUGUGUGACCUUGGGAAAACUACUUGGACUCUCUGGGGCUCACUUUUCCUUGUGGGCAAAAUCGAAUUGCUACUGGUACCCAUCUCCCGGGUUGUCAGGAGAAUGAGGCCAAGAGAGAAGGUAGAAUGUUUACUACCUGCUGCCUAAUUGGGCAGGUGUUAAUUUGGCAGUUACGCUUAAUGCUUUUGUAAGUUUCCUCCCACUUCAGCUAGAUUUGAAUAGAAGAAGACAGAAAAAAGACUAAUGACCAUGCUUGUAAUUCCCUGGCCUUCCCUUAAACCAGUAAGUACUUGAGUGGAAAAAUAUCCAGGACACAUAGGGCAUUGAGGAAUCAUUGAGUCGGACUCAACUCUGGAGGUCUGAACUGAUCAGUUCCACUUGAUUUCAGUCUCGAUAACUUUAUUGCCGAGUCAUGGCUGACAGGCGGUGCCAAAGUCAAUAUGAUGGGUCUGGCUGGGGCAGCUGGUUUCACAGCGGUUUGUCCCAUGUGUCCUACAUUUCCCAUUUUCUGUGUAUUUCAGAAGCUGUCCCAUAUGCUGAGGCCAUUCUUGGCCUGUACAGGCUGUGUGGGGGUGGUUUUGCUUUCCGAAUUUAAGAGGCAGACCUUUUGUUUUGAAACUUACUGUAAGAAAUCAGAACUGUAUCUUGACUUUUCGAUAGAAUGAUAGCAGUGUUAGCUCUCUCCAUGGUUUCUCUGGACAAUCUCCCUUUGAUCUGAUCUGAAAUUUGAUCUUGAUUGCUAGGAAAGUGUUCUUCCAAUGUAGAGCUUUGGUAUGUGGUUCAUUACAUUUAUUUUUGAAGAACUCUAAAUGAAGUAUCCUGGUAUCUCGGUAGAGUAAUUGGUUUUGAUGCCUCGUGUACUGGUAACAGUGGCCUUUCCCACGUUCUUGGUAUAUCCUCUCUUUCCUUACACGCUCAGCUCCCAGACCAAGAAUGUGAAGGAUCCAUGUGAGACGUUGCAGGGUAAAGUGGAUUUUGUCUUUCAGCAAUGAUAAGGAGUGGUGAUAGUCCAUUCCCAUGGAAUGUCUGCAGUUCUUUCGAAAGGCUAAAGGUGGACCCAAGCAAAGUCAGAACAUACAUUUUUUUAAAAAAGUGUAUGUGCCCUGCCAGGAAUGGGAGACAGCGCUCUCACUUUCCUUACCAGUAGGCUAAACAAAUCAACAGUCCUAGUUGCGGGUAGAUGGAAGAAGAGAGCUUGAAAAGGCUAUAGAGAAAGGGCAUGGGGGUGGGUAAGCCGAGCACAUUAUGAGAUGGCCUGGAGAGAGACCAGAGAAGUCUCUUCAGGAACUGGCUCACGUUCGGGUUUGAGGAGUUGCUUCCUGUGAGUAUUGAAGAUUCACACUCUCCAGGUUCAUGCCCAUUAAAGCAGGAAAGUCUCCGCAGGAAAAAGUGGUCAUGUGAGGGUAUAGAGACAAGCAGUGUGCAGCCACCUAGGGUUGGCUCACGUUUGGACAGGAGAGUGUUGUUGCCUCCCAUCGCAGUGAGGCUGGGAGCGGUGUGGGAUGAUGGUGGCCUUCAGUGGGCGCAUUGGUAAGGAGGGCAGAUGUGUGUUCAGAUGCUGUGGGAGGGUGGCAGUGUCCUGUACAUCACAUAACGCAUGUAUAUGCACACACACAUACAUACAUGUUGGUGCCGAUGGAAGAUUCGGAGGCCCCUCCGGGACUUAGUGUUGUGCCUGAGGGCCAUUUUCCUGGGCCUUAAAGAUAAAGUGGAGUGAGCAGACAUUUAUUUGCUUGCUGUUGGCAGCUUCUGCAGCAUUGGGCUGCUUCCCAAGAUGAACUGGCCACAGGGUCUUUGCCUCAGAGAGCUCUUUGGAGACAGGAUGAGAAAGUGCCAGAUCUAUUGCUGUUUUACUCUCCUGGCCAGUGACAGCUCUCGGGACUCCCGCAUGAUGCGUCUAAGGAAACGUAAUUAUGGGAAUGUGAUAGAAUGGAGUGCUUUGUCUCUUGGGUGCCUGUUCUUAGAAAGCUAGGUCAAAGUCUUUGUGGGAUUUGGAAGCAGGCACCGAUACUAGGGCACUAGCACAACUGGAUACUGAGUUCUUGAGGGUUGGCUUGAGGGAGGAUAGCCUUUGAAUGAGAAGAAUUAGAGCUUUGGGGAUAAAGUCAUGGCAGACAAGGAUUGGGGAGAUGGUUUGACCGCUGAGUUCAGCAUUUGGAAGUUACGGAGGGGCGCCUGGGUGGCUCAGUCAGUUAAGCUUCUGACUUCAGCUCAGGUUAUGAUCUUGUGGCUUGUGGGUUCAAGCCCCUCAUCAGGCUCUGUGCUGACAGCUCAGAGCCUGGAGUCUGCUUUGGAUUCUGUGUCUCGCUUGCUCUCUGCCCCUCCCCUGCCCGUUUGUGUUCGUGUUUUCUCUCUCUCUCUCUCUCUCUCUCUCUCUCUCUCUCUCUCUCUCUCUCUCUCUCUCACUCUCUCUCUCUCUCUCAAAUAAAUAAACAUUAAAAAAAUAGUUUUGGAGACAGGCUUCAGUCUCCAAGUGAAAGAAAGACUUCAGAUUCUCAAGGUGAAGAGAAUAUGGCAGCAUACACCAAACAUGAGUUGAUUUAGUUCAGGAGCCCCUGAAAACUUCAAGAAAAAUUUAUUGGCCAUUUUUUGCCUAAAGUCAAUUUUUAAAAUAAGAUCAAAACCCAUGAAAACAUAGGUCUUCCUACCUCCCUCAGCAAAAAUACUAGAAUGGUCCAACUAAAAUGGAGAAGUCCUUCCCAAAGGAGGCAAGAGGAGGAUCUGAAGACCUGGUAACGGGGGCCGACCCAGUGGUCAUGCCUAUCGAGGCGUGAGCUCUGUGCAGGCAGCGGCAGGAGGCUUGGCCUGUUUGGUUCACUGCUCGUCACUAUCCCUAGCCUUAGGACAGUCCCUGUCAUGCUGUAGCCACUCAGAUAUUUGAAUACAUGGAUGGACAAGUCCCCAGACAGGCUCCAACUGUGGGGUGCUAAGACUCUGUGUGCAGGACCGUGUUUUCUAGCACCCUAGAAUUAGAGAAGUCAGCUGAUAGGUUGUACCACAGAUCAGAAAGGCUAGGGUAGCCUUGUAGAAGAGAAGGCAGUAUUUAGGUGUCAAGGCAGCUAAUACCAGGGCAGGGAGCCCAGGGACGCGUGGCAGAGAAGGGUGUUGGUAAGGCUUUGAUGGCUUGGCGAGGGGAAACUUUGGGAUGGGGUGGUGGGGUGGGGGAGGGUUGAGAAAAAACUUGGAGUACUUUCAGAUAUCCCCUUUAAGUAUUCCUUCUCCUAUGGCCAGUGGAGGGUGUGUUCUGGGACAUCUUCCCAUGCUCACUUCCCUGAAUAAGAAAUUAAGAUCCCUACUCCCCUUAAUUCGAGCAUGUAUGUAAACCCCAAUCAUGUCUUAGGAUUACAUGCUGAUUGCCAACCCAGCCCAUGGCAUUCCUUUGCCUUUUUUAAAGGCUAAUUAAAGCAAAACGAGUCUUCAAGUAACUCUCUGGGGAUAUACAGCUGAACUCGGGGAGGGUCCCAAGUGAGCUUCCACUGUAAUGGAGAGACUGUGCUCCAGAGCCACCCAGCUCUCACCAGGGCGUGAUCCCACAUCCGUGGGAGGCAUGGAGAAUAUUCUCGGUUCACGCAGAGGUUAGAGAGUGGCUGUAAAUGGACAUUCAUAUAGAAGAAGAGGAAAUUACUGUAGUCAGAGCUCUGGAGCAAGGGCUUUAAAAGAAGGCCAUAAAUUAGUCAUAAGCACGAAGGAAGAUGGGAUUCUAUUUCUAGGGCUCGUUUAUUUUGAGGAGGGCAUCAGAAGAGCCAUAGGUAAAGAGAAGCUGGUCAGGUAGCAUAAAGAUUCUGACUCCUGGGCAGAUUAGCUGCCUAUUUUGCCAGAAUUCACCUUCUCUGGGACUUUGAAUAUUCAAAAUUGUACGUUUGUUAAGCAGGAGGCUGAACGAGAGCCCUUUGUGGAAGGUCGGCUUGUUUAUUUUUUAACUACUUCACCCUGUUUACAAUAGUGCUUUCUAUGUAUACGCUGACAUUGCGUGUUUAGAUCCCAUUGAGUGGUCCCAGUCGCUCCUACCUAAAACAUUAUUGUAUAAUACUUCAAGUUGAUUUUUAACGUAAAGGAGACGGGCCAGACUGGGAGCCUGUAGGCACACUGGUAGGUUGGUAGGCUUGGGAGAAGAGAAGUAGAUGGGUGUGGCAGGUUCUGAGGAUGGGAGGCCUAACCUGCCAUUGAAAGAAAACUGUCAAGUUAGGAAGAAGACCCCAGAGGGAUCCUCCUUUGCAUAGUAAGUGAGAAGAAUAUUCUUUGCCUAGAGGCAAAUGUGAAGCACCAAUGCAUUCAUUGGCCCUGCCACAGGACGUCCUCCCCUCUCCCCCUGGCCAGUCCUUAUGUGUGAUGUUCUUCAAGGCGCCAUGCCUUGGUUUGGUCAACAGUGGCCUAUACCUGUGUGGUUUGUAAAACCUAGUCCUGGAAAGCUGGCUUCUGCGGAGGUGUUGGGCAAUUGGGGCCGGCCGGCAGCCAGCUUCUGAUGUGGUUGGCUGCCUGGCUCACACCUCUUAGGUGCUGGCGAGAUGGCAAGAUCCAAUGGCCCCAGGCUACUACGGAGGUGGGCAGGAUGCCACCAUCUUCCAGAGCCUUCCUCCUCUCUUUGUCUUCAGGAGUCCAAUGGGCACAGGCCCUGGCUUCCCAUUGCCUUAGGCCGGCUGCCAUCACGGUGAGGCAUUGGGCAGGCCCACCCGUGGGAGCCAUUGGGCAAGGUUGGCCUGGCCUGGCUCUGUCCAUCUGAUAAAAGGAGCUAUGGAUCUAGGGAUUCUUCCCUUUAGAUAUUUUUUAAGGCCGAGUAUCUCCUGUUAGAUAAGAUAUACAUGUCGUACACGUACGUUCUUUGUACUGUUUCUCUGUUGUUUCCGUGGCUUCUUGUGCAUACUUGUGCAUCUCAAACGUAGUAAGCUAGUGUGGGAGGCUUUUUCAGUCUACUGCUAAGAGGUCCUGCUGAGCAGUACGCACAAGCCAUAACUUACUUAUGGCAUCGAGGACCUUUGGUUCUAAUUUUUGAUGACAGGGAAAGAGGGCUCAGCUGGCUCAUAGAGUCUAGAGGGGAGGGUUGUGUGGACCCUAAUGAGGACAACUCAUCCUGAAGUUCAGGAACAUUCCUGCUCCUGUGUGUUCAUUGCCACACUCUUCUCUUCUCCAGAGGGGUCGAAUUCAUUUUCUAUUGAUGCUGAAAUACAUUGCAUUGAACCUGGUGGCUUAAAACAAUGUAGAUUCGUUGUCUAACAGUUUUGGAGCCCAGCAGUUUGAAAUCACGUUCACUAAGCUGAAGUUAAGGUGUUGCCAGGGCUCAUUCCUUCUGGAAACUCUGAGGGGAGAAUCUGUUUCCUUGCAUUCUCUAGAUUCUGGCACCCAACCAUACUCCUUGGCUCACAAUCACUUCCUCCGUUACACCACCUCUUGCUCCCAUCAUCAUAUCUAUGUCUGUCUGACUGUUCUCUUGCAUCCUUGUUAUAGGGACCCUUGUAGUUACAUCAGGCCCACCUGAUAAUUCUGUCUCAAGAUCCUUUGCUUGAUCCCAUAUGCAAAGUCUCAUUUGCCAGUCUUACUGUGACACAUUCACGAGUUCCGGACAUUAGGACAUGGACAUCUUGGGUGGCUGUUGGGCAGCCCACCACAGGGGUCCUGUGGAGGAAUUAGUGCAGUUGGCCUAAAAGGAAGGCCCCACGUGGGCCUGGAGUCAGAUGGCUGGGGAAACUAAUGCUAAAAGCUGAACGGAGCAUUCUUCUGAAAGCUUGAAGCAGUGUACCUGUUCUGGCAAAGGAUUUUUCCUUGGGAAGGAGGGGAAGACUUUGAGCAGAAAUUUGGUAGCCUCUCUCCUCCCCAAACCGUGCAAUACUGUUUUGUUAAAUUGUAAUGUGGUGCGGCACCAAGAGUUGUCCCUGAGAGAGUAAGAGAGUGUUUAUAAAGGAUUCCCGAGGAAGAAUCCAGGCAUUGUAAGACUAAGAGCAAAGUUUCAGGGAAGUCUGACAGCAUUUGCGAGGUCAACCACAGGGUACAGAUGGGCAGCCCAUGAUGGUAGGUGGGAUGGCGGCCUCCUCAGUGUUCCUUAUAUAGUCUCAGGGACAGGCUCUUACCCCCAAGAGUGACAGGUCUGUGACAUGUUGUCAGAAAUGGUUCCUGUGUGGCCUGGUGGUGUGUCCAGUCACUGGGUAAUUUUUGGCAGCCUCAGAGGAGACCCUGUUCAUAGAAUGGGGAUAUGUUUCUAGAACCAUCAUGGAUGCAUUUGCUACCAGAAGGGAUAUUGUGAAUGAUACUUCAUUCCUUGGCCAGCCCCUGGUAUUAGUCUGAACUCUGGAAUUGCCCUUUUUUGGGAUGACAAUAAUUAAAUAACAUUAUGGAGGCAUGUGUUAGGUUCAAGGUAAGGAUCUUAAAGCCACAAUUUUUGGAACAAGUGUAGGUAAUUGGUUGCCCAGCUCAUAUCAUACAUGCCAGGAUCUCAAAACUUGAGAGAGAAAUGGUUUAUGGCACAUUCCUCUUUUUUUUUUUUUUUACAUCCAGUUGCCAAGAUUAUGAAAAAAGAGGUUCCAAGGAGAACUUGUGGGAUGGAGGUUAGUUGGUGCCCUAGGGCCUAUGGCCCCUGUCGGCCACGGGCUUGCGACCCUGUCACAGUGCAGAGGGGGACUGAGAUGCUAACGUGAAUGCAUUGUGGAAUUGAACAGGGGUAUGAGGCACUCUGCCUACUAUUAGUGAGAUGGGGUGCUGUUGGAGAACUGACACCAAGUUCUUGGUCAGCCCUGCCUGCAAAGCAUGGUUCAGAAGUCUGCUUCUUCACGUGCAAUGUUUGUAAGUGGCUUUGGCAUUGGUUGUAGCUCGCAUGUGCUUUGUGCUCAAUGAGCUGAUAGCACUUCCUUCCCUAAAGACAGUAUUCAGUAUUGGUGGAAGAGGCUUCCUCCUCCUUGGGCCUCCAAGGCAGCAAUUGGCUUCUACUUGGUGAUAGAAACCUACCCGGUGCCCCCAGGAUUUAUAUGAAUCACCCAGGGAACACACAAAAAAAGGGCAUCCCAACAAAUUGAGUUAAAAGCCACCUUAAUUCCCCUUGUGUUAUCCCACAUUAUCUUGGGAGGUUAGCUUCUGUCUUAAAAAUCUGUUGGGGGGGACUUGUGAUAUUAACAUGUUCUGUGUUAGCCACUUGAUUUGAAUGCUCCUUAAUUUGAGUAGAGCCUGUGUGCCGGACAGUCUGGCCUUGGAGGGGGUGGUUUCCGAAGAUGGACACGGAACACAUCAGCCGACUGGAGACUUCUGUCUGCCAGCUCAGUCCUUUUAUGAGGUGUCCAGAGUCAGCUCCCCUGAGAGGAUGAGGCUGAGAUGAGGUAACCUGGUUCCGCAGGUCAGCAGGGAAGGUUCUGCCUUGGGGCGAUGGGCCGAGUGCUCUGAUAAUGCAGCAUCUCCCCUUUAAUGCAUCUUCAGUGUGGAUUAUACUAUUAAUUACUGCUGGACAAAAAGGGAUUAGUGCAGCUGGCCUGCUUUCCCCUCUGCACUUUUACACUUCCCCUUUGCUAGGGAAUGGCCAAAGGGCAAUAGGCUUUCCUGUCAUCUGUCUUUUGUUUCAGCAGCAGUGGCUGCUGAACCUUCUGUGCUCACUAGGACAGGAAUGAAUGGGGCACCGUGCAGAGUCUUGAACUCCGUUUGGCACAUGGGCAGUCUGUGGAAGUGGGGCUGUUUCCUUCCUCAGAGUUGGGCAUUCUUCACCAGGCUGCGCGGUGUCUGAAUGCCUCUUCCCAGCAGGGAGAGUAACCCUGCAGCCUUUCAGCUAUCAGAAUGCUUUGCAGAGUGCUCCCUUCCCAAGGGGCCGCUCCUCCAUGGGUGCUUUCUGUGAACGUCCCAAGGUGCUUUGUCUCUUUAAGAGUUUCCUAAAUGAUCAGGUUAAGGGCAAAGGAUGGUUCUGCCUUCUGCUGUGGGUCACCUCUAGCCCCAAUGCCAGGGUGGGAUUUUGGUAACUGGCACUGAACUCAUACCUUGUAAUUUGAGACCUUCUGAGUUCCUAAGCUUUACUACCCUUAUCCUUGCAUAUAGUAUGGCAAAGAUCUUAAGCAGUUACAUUUUCUAUUAUGUAUUAUGUAUGUUUUAUACAUUAUAUUAGUGAUUAUUUUUUUAUAUCUUCCCCAUAUUUGGGCUAGUACACUAAUUUUUCAUCCAUAUGGAAUAACAUUUUUUUUUUAAACAGGUGAGGCCUUAAGUAACAACACCUCAGUAAUAAUCCUCCUAGGAGUCCAUAACUUGGUAGCGUUUGCAGUUACAUACGGUGUAAUCUGUUGUGUGUGCAGGCUUGUGGCUGUUUAUUGACAUCCUUCAUUAUAUGGUAACGUAAUAUACAGAAUUUCCCAGCUGCAGAAAUUAGAAAGCGGGAAACCGAUUUCUUCAACAUGAAUUGGAAAACUGAUUGAGUUUGUUUUUUCUUUUCUUUUUUAAAAAAAGUUGACAUUGCAUAAUUGGUGGGAAGAACAGUGGCAUAAUGCUUAUAAUCACAAGUUAAUUGAGUUAAUUUGGGAUUUAUGUUCAUUUUAAGUCAUAAUGGAGAAGUCUCUGACAGCGGAGAUGCCUAAUGUGGAACAUUCCUGAAAUGGGAGAGGCUAGUUGAGGGCGAACCUGGGAAUUUCUCCUAUCUUCUCAGCGGUACAUUCAUGAAUUCAGGUUUUACCACGGUAGUCUGGUGGAAACCUGAUGAAACUUCAUUGUUUUGGAUACUUCCUUUUCCUUGAAGCUCCUUAGUUCUCUUCUGAACUAGGACAUUACAGAAUUAGAAAUUAUUUUUCCCUCCUCCCUUCUCUAGCCACAGAUGUUUAUCAUCUUGGAGCCAAGUCUUGCUCAAUGAAACUAAUCUCUAAAUUUCAUCAAAGAAAGUAUGGAAAUUUACUUGGUUAUAUACUUACACAGUCUAUCUGGGAUGGGUUUAAUUCCAUUUAUUGAGAGAUGGCUUUGCUUUUUAAAUUAAUUUUUAAAGAGGCAAUACAUGCCCAUAAUAAAAUUUUCAGAAGGUACAGAAGAGACUUCCUUUCCCUCUUUCCUGUGCAGUGUGCCCCACAAUCACUCAGUUCCCCAGAAUCACCUGCUGUUACAUCCCUUCUAGGAGGUAUAUAUUUGGAAUAGGGCUGUCACGGCAUUAUAAAAUACUCUUUUCACUACUUAAGUAGUGUUUUCUGCCUAAAAGAUUUUUCCCCUUUGUCAGAGUUUCUUCAUCUUCUAUCAGAGAUGUUUUUAUCCUCUUUAGAAUACUUAAUAUUAAAAACAUUAAUGAAAUCCAGCUACUUGGAAAUUUAAAAAUAUUCUCCUGAAUCACUUGGGGGGAAGAGGAGAUGAAAUUAUUGUUACGGAAUCACUGAGAAAUACUAAGAAUUCAGCAUACUUAAAUGUAUGGGUUAUUGCCAAAGUUAUAUUCCGGGGCACAUCCAUAGCUCUGAAUCUUUUUGUUCUUAUAUAAGAAGAAAUGAAAGUAAUUGAAUUAAGUCUUCAACUCAAAGUUGGAAAGAAUAAAACAAGCCGAGUAAGAUGUAGCUAAUGCUAAUGAAUUAGAAAACAGGCAAAAAUACUGAAGUGGUAAACCUAAGAGCUAUGUAUUUGGGGGGAAAAAUCAAAGACAUAGAGCAAAGCACCCUCAUGCUUCAUUAACCCAAAUAAACCCACAAAACUAAAAAUGAGUUGAUGUGAUGGAAAAAAAAGGAGUAACAAAUUAUAAAUUCUAUUUGAGGUAAUUAUUUUAUAACAUAAAAAUAAAGUAAUUUUGAAAUACAGCAAUUUUGAAAAUCUCCCUUGACAUGGCUGUUCUAGGGAGAUGACUCAGAAGUCUGAAUCUUGAAACAAGGAACUAGAGAAGCUGAACAUUAGAAAAAAAAUUUCCAAAAAGAACUCUGGAUGCAAGUAGUUUCAUGGAGGAGUUCUUUUAAACUUUGGGGGGCAAAAUAAUUACCUGCUGAAUAAACUGCUUCAGAGCAGAGAAAAAGAGAGCGUUCCAGUUGGUUUUUACAAAGCUAACAUAACUCUAGAAACCUAAAAUCAUUAGAAAGAUGACACAAGAAGACUAAGGACUGAGCUCAGACAGGAAUAUACAUGCAAAAACACAUAUAAAACAGUUGUAGAUUGAAUUCAGUGGCAUUUUGAAAGAAUUAUGACCACAUAGGAUUUAUCCCUGAAUUGUAAGAAGGUCUGUUAUUCGGUAUAUCACCUACUUAGAACAAAGAAGAAAAACACUGUAUCUAUACGUGUGUGUGUAUACAUACAUACACACACACAUACAUACAUACAUGUAGACAGAGUAGGUCAGACAGACAUAGAGACACUUGCUAAAUUUCUACUCUUAUUUCUAGUUUGCUUAGAUUUAAAAAAAUAAAAAACAAACCUGUGAAGAGAUUGCAUUAAUUUGAUGAAGAAACCAGCAGCCCUAACCCUUCCAGCUAGAAACUUACUGAUGAACCAGAAGAGACAGCAGAAUGAAAUUGGGAACAAAACAUGGAUUGCCCAGUGUACUCAUUUCUUUUUUCCUGCCUUAUUGAAUUGGCCAGAACUUAAAAACCAAAGUCAGAUCAUGGUUAAAAAGAAACAAAAAUCAUUUUCAUAUGUCGUUGUCUUCCUAGAAUACCCAUUACACACUUAAAUGGAAUUAAACAUAGAGUUCAGUUACAAAAUAAAAUUUCAGAAAUCACUAGCUUUCUCACAUAGCAGGAAAACUCGGAAGAUAUUACAGAGCCCACUCAAUGGAAUGGAAUCAAAUAGAAACGUGUUCGGUAAAGGUAGCAUUUCAAAUCACAGGAAUUAAAAUAAUAAAAAUUCACUUUUUUCAGUAUUUCUGAGUGAUAAGCAUUAUGCUCAACACUUUCACAUGAACUUAGGUCACUGGAUGUGGUAGACACCACGAAUGGUUCCAUUCUCUCAGGUUCAGAAAGUUGAAGUAAGUUGCCCACAGUCCCUCAGACUUGGACACUGGUCUGACUGACAGCAAAACCAGUGGUCUCUGACAUUAUGCUUUACCACCUGUAGUACUAUGCAGUAUUGUACAUGAUGCAACAAACUGUUGGAGCAUAGUUAGCUAACCAAGUAGGGGGAAAAGUUAAGUUCAAGCCAUUCCCCACAGCAUACAUUACCAUAAAUCCCAGAGAAAUUAGGUAAAAUGAAAACUGAAAUCAAGAAAGGGCUACCAGAAAGUAUAGGUUAAUAUUACUCUUAAUAUGGGACAGGGAGGGAUAUUAGGCCUAAUUCUUCUAGUGAAAAAAUUGUAAAACAGAAAAGAUUGAUUUACUACAUUGAAAAAAUUCUGUAUACUGGGCACUAAAUACAAAAUUUUAAAGGCAUUUGACACAUUGGGAAAAGAUGUUGAAAGCACAUAUAUUUGACAGAGUGUGUCCUAAAAACUUCAAUAUAGAAAGAGUCUUAGAAUCAAUGAUAGACAAAGCAGAAAAACGAGCAAAGAAUAUUAAUGGGUAACUCCUAGGAAGGAUAAAUUCAGAUUGCCCAUUCCAUUCGAAGUGUCCACUGGAGAGCUCCUUGUUUUAACUUGUUUGAUUGCUAGAGAGGUCAAGCUUUUUGUGUGUUUUUCAAUGAAGAAUUCGUUACAAAGCAAAUACCCUGUUAUGGCAAAGGGGUGCACACUUUCUGCAGAGUAGUUUGGUAGUAUGUGUUAAGAAGCUUUAAAAUAAAGUGUGUUUAAAUUUGUAGGUUUUCUCACCAUAAACUGCUGAUUCUCCUUACUCUGUCCUGCCUUUCCUUUUUUACCUUAGCCUAUGUUACCUAAUAAAAUACUACGUAAUUUAACCUCUAAUAUCUUGAUUGUCUCCCCUGCUAGAAUAAGUUUCACAAGGGCAGGGGUUUUUGUGUUUUCGCUAAUUGUUCACUAAUCUCUAGAGUAGGGCUGGUAACACAGCACCUUCAUUUAUAGUAAAGAAAUCAUCUUUUGUGCAAAAGAAAUUUAUAAAUAAAGGCUUUAUUACAGGCAUUUAUAAUAGUGAAAAUUGGAAACCAUCUAAACCUCUCACAGGGGAUUGAUUUAAGCUGUGGUGCAUCCAUAUGGCAGAUUCUUAUGUGGCUAUUUAAAACUCCUGUCUCCUGGUUAUGAUGUGGGAAAACAGUGAUGUUACAUUAAAUUAAAGGAGGCUGUGUGCACCAUAGAACUUCAGUUUAAUUUUUAAAAUACGGGGUGGCUAAAGAAUUCAUAUAACCAGGAUUAACCUGGUUAUUUCCAGGUGACAGAAGUCAGGCCACUGUUAAUAUUGUGUUUUCUGAACUCUGAAUAGUGAAUGUCUGUUACAUCCAUAAUAAAAGUUGGUGAGACUGUAGCAUCACUUGAAUAGCUCUGGUCUGUGGCCAUGUCUGGAAGACUUUUGGAGAUUAUUCAAUCUCAAGGAUUAGCAAGAGCUGAAUUAAAAAAAAAUCAGCAAGAAUGCUUCAGAAAAUGUCCUUAGGUUACGUCGUCUUAAAUAUUUAUGAUCUUUACUGUAAGUGUCCAGAGUCUAUGUGUGUGUGUACACAUAAUGGAAGUGUUGGUCAGUGAUGUGCAAGCUUGUGGAAUCCUGGAGAUGUGAGAACACCUCUUCCCAGUGUAGAUUUCUUGAUGGAAACGCUGAGUGCUCUUCCUGGUAGGUCAUAGAAUUUGAGAAUACACUGAGGUUUUGCCUCAGCAAAAGCUGGGAACCAGGAUUUUCCAUUCUCAGAUUAACCAAGAGUCACACUCUACUGCGUGUGACCCAUCCUUGUGUGGAAGGACUUAGGCGGACAGGUGUAGGAUAAGGUGCCAAGUUAGAGGGUGAAAUGCAAGGGGAUGACAACCCGCUGCAGGACGUUAAUCAGCAGCAUUGUGCCAAAAAGAAGGUCGGACUUACUGAGGGGAUUUUCUUGGCCAGCAAAUCAGAAGUAAGUUCAGCAUGCUUGGGCUGAAAUUUCCCAGAUCCCUAGAGUCAUGUGGCAUCUUGGCCAGCAUUUAAAUUCUGUCUCUGCUGCUUUCAGACUACGGCCCUCAGUUUCUUUUUCCGUAAAAGGGGGAAGUUAGACUAGGUUAGAAAGCUCUCCUUUCAGGUUUGACUUUUUUUCUAAAGGAAUCUAAUGUCUUUUUAUUUUAAGGGAUGCAUUUUAUUUUAUUUUCAAAGUUUACUUAUUUAUUAAGUAAUCUCUACACCCACCAUGGGCUCGAACUACGACUCCGAGAUGAAGAGUCACAUGCUCUUCUGACUGAGCCAGGUAGGCGCCCCAUUAGGGCAUGCAUUUCACAUGUCUCUGUGUUAUCUGUGGUGAUGCAGAAGCCCAGGGAGUAGGGUCACUUCAUAGCUCUGUGAACCAAAACCUAAGCUGGAUAGCUGAAGUCACAUGGUGGGGGAAAAGCAGCUGUGAUGGGUGUGUCUGGACUCAGCCUCAGCAAGAAUCCCAGCCCUGCCUCUGACUGGCCCAAACCUUCUCCUUUUCAUUUGUGAGGGGGAAGUGUUAGUUUUCCCUUGCUGCAUGACACAUUAUCCCUAAAUGUAGUGGCUUAGUACGGCAGACGUUUAUUAUCCCACAGUUUCUGUGGGUCAGGAAUCUGGAUGUGACUUCGCUGGGCCCUUUGUCUCAGGAUCUGUCAUGAGGGCCUUGGCCAGGGCUGCACUCUGACCCGAGGGCUCGGCUGGGGAAGGACCUGAUCUGAACUCAUUCACAUGGUCACGGUUGGCAGGGUUCAGUCCCUCCGGGACUGCGGGAUUGAGGGCCUCUGCACCUUGUUGGCAGGACGCUGCCUUUAGUUUCUUGCCACGAGGGCUUCUCCUUAGAGCAAGCAGCACACAAUAUGGCAUGUAGCCUCUGUGAGGCAGAGGGGGACAGGGUGCAGAAAACAGAGACUUAGUGUCUUUGUAACCUCCUCUCAGAAGUGACCUGUUCUAUUCGUAGCCUCUGAGUUAGAAGUGAGUCACUGUGCAGAGCUCACGCUGAAGGGGAGGGGUUAUUACACCCCCCUGUGAACACCAGGAGGUGGAGUCAGAGGGGCCUGCCCAUCAGGGUUGGUAAGGAGCGAGAGAGGAGGUGGUUUGUUAGUGUUGGGAACCUUCUAGAUGCUCCGUGUUAGCUCCUACCCCCCUGCCUUCCCCUGGUUACAACUGCUUUGCUUAAGGAUGGUCUGUGGGGUGAAGAUUCCAGGAGUGGGUGGAGGUGUGUGUGUGGGGGGUGGGUCUCACUGCCUGAUCUGAUUGUCCAUUCACUGUCUUACACACUUAAGCCUGGAAGUGCGUGUUGGCUGGCCCGUUAGACUCCAGCUCCUCGCCCCGUGUCUGCUGGGUGUGGUGUGUCUAGCGUAACUUGAGAGGGAAAUGGGCGUUUGGCUGAUGACAACGUCCAGUGAGUGUUUCCGUGGGUCGGACCGCUAUUUAGGGAGACGCCCGGGAGCUCUUUGGGAGCCGGCGGGUUGAAACCGCACAGCCUCCUGAAGUUGCCCCCUUUUGGUUUCUGAACACCACCACCUGUACCUGGAGGUGUGCCUGGUGCAGCCUCUGGUUGAGGACACUCCGGUGGAUAGAGCUGGGUGCCAGACAUUGCCACAACCCUCGGAAAUGAGUCCGAUCCGUACUGGGUGCAAUGAAAGCUCUACGCAGGCCUUACCAUGGAAGGCUGUGACUCGCCCGUCGUCUCGGGGAAGGACAAUGGGUGCGGUAUCCCUCAGCACCAGCAAUGGACUGAACUCAACAGCACCCACCUCCCCGACAAACCCAGUAGCAUGGAGCAGUCCACAAGCGAGAACCACGGGCCCCUGGACAGCCUGAGGGCCCCCUUCAAUGAGCGCCUCGCGGAGAGCUCCGCCUCGGCCGGCCCCACCGCCGAGCCCGCCGGCAAGGAGGUCAGCUGCAACGGGUGCUCGGCCUCCUUCGCCAGCCUGCAGACCUACAUGGAGCACCACUGUCCCAGCGCGCGCCCCCCGCUGCCCCUGAGGGAGGAGAGCGGGAGCGACACCAGUGAGGAGGGGGACGAGGAGAGUGAUGUGGAGAACCUGGCUGGGGAGAUAGUCUACCAGCCCGAUGGCUCGGCCUACAUUGUCGAGAGCCUGAGCCAGCUGACCCAAAGCGGGGGCGCCUGUGGCAGCGGCAGCGGGCCCCCCCCCUCGCUCUUCCUGAACUCUCUCCCCGGGGCGGGGGGCAAACAAGGGGACCCUUCUUGUGCUGCACCAGUCUACCCACAGAUCAUCAACACUUUCCACAUAGCCUCAUCCUUCGGGAAAUGGUUUGAGGGCCCAGACCAGGCUUUCCCGAAUACCUCAGCCCUGACGGGGCUCAGCCCCGUCCUGCACAGCUUCCGCGUGUUUGACGUGCGACACAAAAGCAACAAGGAUUACCUGAACAGCGACGGCUCCGCCAAAAGCUCCUGCGUAUCCAAAGAUGUUCCCAACAACGUGGACCUGUCCAAAUUCGAUGGCUUUGUGCUCUACGGCAAGAGGAAGCCCAUCCUGAUGUGCUUCCUGUGCAAACUGUCCUUCGGGUACGUCCGUUCGUUUGUGACCCACGCGGUGCACGACCAUCGAAUGACCCUGAGUGAAGACGAGCGGAAAAUUCUUAGCAAUAAGAACAUCUCCGCUAUCAUCCAAGGGAUUGGCAAAGACAAGGAACCCCUUGUGAGUUUUUUGGAACCAAAAAACAAAAACUUUCAACACCCUUUAGUUUCUACGGCUAACCUCAUAGGCCCCGGACACAGUUUUUAUGGGAAAUUUAGUGGCAUUCGGAUGGAAGGGGAGGAGGCUCUCCCAGCCGGCUCUGCUGCCGGCCCCGAGCAGCCCCAGGCUGGUAUCUUGACCCCCAGCACCCUCUUGAACCUUGGCGGGCUCACCAGCUCGGUCCUGAAGACCCCCAUUACCUCAGUCCCCCUGGGGCCUCUGGCCUCCAGUCCUACCAAAUCCUCAGAGGGCAAGGACUCUGGGGCAGCAGAAGGAGAGAAGCAAGAAGUAGGCGAUCCGGAUUGUUUCUCCGAGAAAGCAGAGCCAGCCGAGGAGGAGGCAGAGGAGGAAGAGGAGGAAGAAGAGGCAGAGGAGGAGGAGGAAGAAGAAGAGGAGGAAGAAGAGGAGGAGGAAGACGAGGGUUGCAAAGGACUCUUUCCAAGCGAGUUGGACGACGAACUGGAGGACAGGCCCCACGAGGAGGCUGGGGCCGUGGCAGGUAGCAGCAGCAAAAAGGACCUUGCUCUCUCAAACCAAAGCAUUUCUAACUCCCCCUUAAUGCCUAAUGUGCUCCAGACCCUGUCGAGGGGCACAGCUUCUACUAGUUCUAAUUCUGCUUCUUCCUUUGUUGUCUUUGAUGGUGCGAACAGGAGGAAUCGUUUAAGCUUUAACAGUGAGGGCGUCAGGGCCAAUGUGGCAGAGGGCGGCAGGAGGCUGGACUUUGCUGACGAAAGUGCCAAUAAAGACAAUGCCACAGCACCAGAACCAAAUGAAAGCACAGAGGGCGACGAUGGGGGCUUUGUCCCCCAUCACCAGCACGCUGGCUCCCUCUGCGAGCUUGGGGUUGGGGAAUGCCCCUCGGGGAGCGGCGUGGAGUGCCCCAAAUGCGACACGGUCCUGGGCUCCUCCCGCUCGCUGGGCGGCCACAUGACCAUGAUGCAUUCUCGUAACUCAUGUAAGACACUUAAGUGCCCCAAGUGCAACUGGCACUACAAGUACCAGCAGACACUGGAGGCUCACAUGAAGGAGAAGCACCCGGAGCCGGGGGGCUCCUGUGUCUACUGCAAAAGCGGGCAGCCCCACCCUCGGUUGGCACGAGGUGAGAGCUACACGUGUGGUUACAAGCCUUUCCGCUGUGAGGUGUGUAACUACUCCACAACUACCAAAGGCAACCUCAGUAUUCAUAUGCAGUCCGACAAGCAUCUCAACAACAUGCAGAACCUGCAGAACGGAGGGGGGGAGCAGGUGUUCAGCCACUCGGCCGGGGCGGCGGCGGCGGCGGCCGUGGCCGCGGCCGCAGCGGCCAACAUCGGCAGCUCCUGCGGGGCCCCCUCGCCCACCAAACCAAAAACCAAACCCACCUGGCGGUGCGAGGUGUGCGAUUACGAGACCAACGUGGCCAGGAACCUGCGCAUCCACAUGACCAGCGAGAAGCACAUGCAUAACAUGAUGCUGCUGCAGCAGAACAUGUCCCAGAUUCAACACAACCGUCACCUGGGCCUCGGCAGCCUGCCCUCGCCUGCCGAGGCCGAGCUUUACCAGUACUACCUGGCCCAGAACAUGAACCUGCCCAACCUGAAGAUGGACAACACUGCCUCAGACACCCAGUUCAUGAUGAGUGGAUUCCAGCUGGAUCCCGCCGGGCCCAUGGCCGCCAUGACGCCUGCUCUAGUGGGCGGUGAGAUCCCCCUAGACAUGCGCCUCGGGGGCGGGCAACUGGUGUCGGAGGAGCUGAUGAACCUGGGCGAGAGUUUCAUCCAGACCAACGACCCGUCUCUGAAGCUCUUCCAGUGUGCCGUGUGCAACAAGUUCACCACGGACAACCUGGACAUGCUGGGGCUGCACAUGAACGUGGAGCGCAGCCUCCCGGAGGACGAGUGGAAGGCCGUGAUGGGGGACUCGUACCAGUGCAAACUCUGCCGCUACAACACCCAGCUCAAGGCCAACUUCCAGCUGCACUGUAAGACCGACAAGCAUGUGCAGAAGUACCAGCUGGUGGCCCACAUCAAGGAGGGUGGCAAAGCCAAUGAGUGGCGGCUCAAGUGUGUGGCCAUCGGCAACCCUGUCCACCUCAAGUGCAACGCGUGUGACUACUACACCAACAGCCUGGAGAAGCUGCGGCUGCAUACGGUCAACUCCAGACACGAGGCCAGCCUGAAGCUGUACAAGCACCUGCAGCAGCACGAGAGCGGAGUGGAGGGUGAAAGUUGCUAUUACCACUGUGUCCUGUGCAACUACUCCACCAAGGCCAAGCUGAACCUCAUCCAGCACGUGCGCUCCAUGAAGCACCAGCGCAGCGAGAGCCUGCGCAAGCUGCAGCGGCUGCAGAAGGGCCUUCCCGAGGAGGACGAGGACCUGGGGCAGAUCUUCACCAUCCGCAGGUGCCCCUCCACCGAUCCGGAAGAAGCCAUUGAAGAUGUUGAAGGGCCCAGUGAAGCGCCUGCUGACCCAGAGGAGCUUGCUAAAGACCAGGAGAGUGGAGGCGAGAAAGACCAGAGCAAGUGGACAGCAUCGUCCAGCCAAGCAGAGAAGGAGCUGACAGAUUCUCCCGCGACCUCCAAACGCAUCUCCUUCACAGGUAGCUCAGAAUCUCCUCUUUCUUCAAAGCGACCUAAAACAACAGAGGAGACCAAAUCAGAGCAGAUGUACCAGUGUCCCUACUGCAAGUACAGCAAUGCCGACGUCAACCGCCUCCGGGUGCACGCCAUGACGCAGCACUCUGUGCAGCCCAUGCUGCGUUGCCCCCUGUGCCAGGACAUGCUCAACAACAAGAUCCACCUCCAGCUGCACCUCACCCACCUCCACAGCGUGGCACCUGACUGCGUGGAGAAACUCAUUAUGACGGUGACCACCCCUGAGAUGGUGAUGCCCAGCAGCAUGUUCCUCCCAGCAGCUGUUCCAGAUCGAGACGGGAACUCCAAUCUGGAGGAGGCAGGAAAGCAGCCUGAAACCUCAGAGGAUUUGGGAAAGAACAUCUUGCCCUCUGUAAGCACAGAGCACAGUGGAGAUUUGAAACCUUCUCCUGCUGACCCAGGGGCUGUGAGAGAAGAUUCAGGCUUCCUGUGCUGGAAGAAGGGGUGCAACCAGGUUUUCAAAACUUCUGCCACUCUUCAGACCCACUUCAAUGAGGUUCAUGCCAAGCGGCCUCAGCUGCCUGUGUCAGAUCGCCAUGUGUACAAGUAUCGCUGUAAUCAAUGCAGCCUGGCUUUCAAGACCAUUGAAAAGCUCCAGCUCCAUUCUCAGUACCACGUGAUCAGAGCUGCCACCAUGUGCUGUCUUUGUCAGCGCAGUUUCCGAACUUUCCAGGCUCUGAAAAAACACCUUGAGACAAGCCACCUGGAGUUGAGUGAGGCCGACAUCCAACAGCUUUAUGGUGGCCUUCUGGCCAACGGGGACCUCCUGGCAAUGGGAGACCCUACCCUGGCCGAGGACCACACCAUAAUUGUUGAGGAAGACAAGGAGGAAGAGAGUGAUUUGGAAGAUAAACAGAGCCCAACAGGCAGUGACUCUGGGUCGGUACAAGAAGACUCAGGCUCAGAGCCAAAGAGAGCUCUACCUUUCAGGAAAGGCCCCAACUUCACCAUGGAAAAAUUUCUAGACCCCUCUCGCCCUUACAAGUGUACCGUCUGCAAGGAAUCCUUCACUCAAAAAAAUAUCCUGUUAGUGCACUACAAUUCUGUCUCCCACCUGCAUAAGUUAAAGAGAGCCCUUCAAGAGUCGGCAACUGGUCAGCCCGAACCCACCAGCAGCCCAGACAACAAACCUUUCAAGUGUAACACUUGUAAUGUGGCCUAUAGCCAGAGUUCCACUUUGGAGAUCCACAUGAGGUCUGUGUUGCAUCAAACCAAGGCCCGAGCAGCCAAGUUGGAGGCUGCAAGUGGCAAUAGCAAUGGGACUGGGAAUAGCAGCAGUGUCUCCCUGAGCUCCUCCACCCCAAGUCCUGUGAGCACCAGUGGCAGUAACACCUUUACCACCACCAAUCCAAGCAGUGCUGGCAUCGCUCCGAGCUCCAACUUACUGAGCCAAGUGCCCGCUGAAAGCGUAGGGAUGCCGCCCCUGGGGAAUCCCAUCGGUGCCAAUAUCACUUCCCCUUCAGAGCCCAAGGAGGCAAAUCGGAAGAAGCUAGCAGAUAUGAUUGCAUCCAGGCAGCAGCAACAGCAGCAGCAGCAAGCACAGACACUGGCCCAGGCCCAGGCUCAAGUUCAAGCUCACUUGCAGCAGGAGCUGCAGCAGCAGGCUGCCCUGAUCCAGUCUCAGCUGUUCAACCCCACCCUCCUUCCUCACUUCCCCAUGACCACAGAGACCCUGCUGCAGCUCCAGCAGCAGCAGCAUCUCCUCUUCCCCUUCUACAUCCCCAGUGCAGAGUUCCAGCUCAACCCUGAGGUGAGCUUGCCAGUGACCAGCGGGGCACUGACGCUGACGGGGACGGGCCCGGGCCUGCUGGAUGAUCUGAAGGCUCAGGUUCAGAUCCCGCCGCAGAGCCACCAGCAGAUCCUACAGCAGCAGCAGCAAAGCCAGUUGUCUCUGUCCCAGAGUCACUCGGCCCUUCUGCAGCCAAGCCAGCACCCCGAAAAGAAAAACAAACUGAUCGUCAAAGAAAAGGAAAAAGAAAGCCAGAGAGAGAGGGACAGUGCUGAGGUGGGAGAGGGCAACCCAGCACCCAAGGAAUCGCUGCCGGAUGCCUUGAAGGCUAAAGAGAAGAAAGAGUUAGCACCGGCAGGUAGUUCCGAGCCUUCCAUGCUCCCUCCGCGCAUCGCCUCAGAUGCGAGAGGGAACGCCACCAAGGCCUUACUGGAGAACUUUGGCUUUGAGCUGGUCAUUCAGUACAACGAGAACAAACAGAAGGUGCAGAAGAAGAAUGGGAAGACUGAGCAGGGAGAGAACCUGGAAAAGCUGGAGUGUGACUCCUGUGGCAAGUUGUUUUCUAACAUCUUGAUUUUAAAGAGUCAUCAAGAGCACGUUCACCAAAACUACUUUCCCUUUAAACAGUUAGAGAGAUUUGCUAAACAGUACCGAGAGCACUACGAUAAACUGUACCCCCUGAGGCCCCAGACCCCGGAGCCCCCACCACCACCUCCCCCACCCCCUCCUCCACCCCCACUUCCUGCAGCACCGCCUCAGCCAGCUUCCACGCCAGCCAUCCCUGCAUCGGCCCCGCCCAUCACUUCACCGACAAUCACACCGACCCAGCCAUCUGUGCCACUCACCCAGCUCUCCAUGCCCAUGGAGCUGCCCAUCUUCUCCCCGCUGAUGAUGCAGACGAUGCCACUGCAGACCUUGCCAGCUCAGCUUCCCCCUCAACUUGGACCUGUGGAGCCUCUGCCUGCAGACCUGGCCCAGCUGUACCAGCAUCAGCUCAAUCCAAGCCUGCUCCAGCAACAGAACAAGAGGCCUCGCACCAGAAUCACAGAUGACCAGCUCCGGGUCCUGCGACAGUAUUUUGACAUUAACAACUCCCCCAGUGAAGAGCAGAUCAAAGAAAUGGCAGACAAGUCUGGGUUGCCCCAGAAGGUGAUCAAGCACUGGUUCAGAAACACCCUCUUCAAAGAGCGGCAGCGUAACAAGGAUUCCCCUUACAACUUUAGCAAUCCUCCUAUCACCAGCCUGGAGGAGCUCAAGAUUGACUCCCGGCCCCCUUCUCCGGAACCGCAGAAGCAGGAGUACUGGGGAAGCAAGAGGUCGUCAAGAACAAGGUUUACAGAUUACCAACUGAGAGUCCUACAGGAUUUCUUUGAUGCCAAUGCUUACCCAAAGGAUGAUGAAUUUGAGCAACUCUCUAAUUUACUGAACCUUCCAACCCGAGUCAUAGUGGUGUGGUUUCAAAAUGCCCGACAGAAGGCCAGGAAAAAUUAUGAGAAUCAGGGGGAGGGCAAAGAUGGAGAGCGGCGCGAGCUUACAAACGAUAGGUAUAUUCGAACAAGCAACUUGAACUACCAGUGCAAAAAAUGUAGCCUGGUGUUUCAGCGCAUCUUUGAUCUCAUCAAGCAUCAGAAGAAGCUGUGUUACAAAGAUGAGGAUGAGGAGGGGCAGGAUGACAGCCAAAAUGAGGAUUCCAUGGAUGCCAUGGAAAUCCUGACACCCACCAGCUCCUCCUGCAGCACCCCAAUGCCCUCACAGGCAUACAGCGCCCCAGCAUCAUCGGCCAACACAGCUUCCUCUGCUUUCUUACAGCUCACGGCAGAGGCUGACGAACUGGCCACUUUUAGUUCAAAAACAGAGGCGAGUGAUGAGAAACCAAAGCAGGCUGAACCUCCCAGUGCACAGCCAAACCAAACCCAAGAAAAGCAAGGACAACCAAAGGCAGAGCUGCAGCAGCAAGACCAGCCUGAGCAGAAGACAAACACAGCCCAGCAAAAGCUCCCACAGCUCACUUCCCCUGCUGCGUUGCCACAGCCUCCUCCACAAGCACCCCCACCUCAGUGCCCCUUACCCCAGUCAAGCCCCAGUCCUUCCCAGCUCUCCCACCUGCCCCUCAAGCCCCUCCACACGUCGACUCCUCAACAGUUGGCAAACCUACCUCCUCAGCUAAUCCCCUACCAGUGUGACCAAUGUAAGUUGGCAUUUCCAUCAUUUGAGCACUGGCAGGAGCAUCAGCAGCUUCAUUUUCUGAGUGCACAGAAUCAGUUCAUCCACCCCCAGUUUUUGGACAGGUCACUGGAUAUGCCUUUCAUGCUGUUUGACCCUAGUAACCCACUCCUGGCAAGCCAGCUGCUCUCUGGGGCCAUACCUCAGAUUCCAGCCAGCUCGGCCACUUCUCCUUCAACUCCGACCUCCACAAUGAACACUCUGAAGAGGAAGCUGGAGGAAAAGGCCAGUGCAAGCCCUGGAGAAAAUGACAGUGGGACAGGAGGAGAAGAACCUCAGAGAGACAAGCGUUUGAGGACAACUAUUACACCAGAACAGCUAGAAAUACUGUACCAAAAGUAUCUAUUAGACUCCAAUCCAACUCGAAAGAUGUUGGAUCACAUUGCGCAUGAGGUGGGCUUAAAGAAACGUGUGGUACAAGUCUGGUUUCAGAAUACCCGAGCCCGGGAACGGAAAGGACAGUUCCGGGCUGUGGGCCCAGCCCAGGCCCAUAGGAGAUGCCCCUUUUGCAGAGCACUCUUCAAAGCCAAGACUGCCCUUGAGGCUCAUAUCCGGUCCCGUCAUUGGCAUGAAGCCAAGAGAGCUGGCUACAACCUUACUCUGUCUGCAAUGCUCCUAGACUGUGAUGGGGGACUUCAGAUGAAAGGAGAUAUUUUUGAUGGAACCAGCUUUUCCCACCUACCCCCAAGCAGUAGUGAUGGCCAAGGUGUGCCCCUCUCACCUGUGAGUAAAACCAUGGAGUUAUCUCCCAGAACUCUUCUUAGCCCUUCUUCCAUCAAGGUGGAAGGGAUUGAAGACUUUGAAAGCCCCUCCAUGUCCUCAGUUAAUCUAAACUUUGACCAAACCAAGCUGGACAAUGACGACUGUUCCUCUGUCAACACAGCAAUCACAGAUACCACUACAGGAGACGAGGGCAAUGCAGAUAAUGACAGUGCAACGGGAAUAGCAACUGAAACCAAAUCCUCCUCUGCACCCAAUGAAGGGUUGACCAAAGCGGCCAUGAUGGCAAUGUCUGAGUAUGAAGAUCGGUUGUCAUCGGGUCUGGUCAGUCCAGCCCCAAGCUUUUACAGCAAGGAAUAUGACAAUGAAGGUACAGUGGACUAUAGUGAAACCUCAAGCCUUGCAGACCCCUGCUCCCCGAGUCCUGGUGCAAGUGGGUCAGCAGGCAAAUCUGGAGACAGUGGGGAUCGGCCAGGGCAGAAACGUUUUCGCACUCAGAUGACCAAUCUGCAGCUCAAAGUCCUCAAGUCAUGCUUUAAUGACUACAGGACACCCACCAUGCUAGAGUGUGAGGUCCUGGGCAAUGAUAUUGGACUGCCAAAGAGAGUUGUUCAGGUCUGGUUCCAGAAUGCCCGGGCAAAAGAAAAGAAGUCCAAGUUAAGCAUGGCUAAGCAUUUUGGUAUAAACCAAACAAGUUACGAGGGACCGAAAACAGAGUGCACUUUGUGUGGCAUCAAGUACAGCGCUAGGCUGUCUGUACGUGACCAUAUCUUUUCCCAACAGCAUAUCUCCAAAGUUAAAGACACCAUUGGAAGCCAGUUGGACAAGGAGAAAGAAUACUUUGACCCAGCCACUGUACGUCAGUUGAUGGCUCAACAAGAGUUGGACCGGAUUAAAAAGGCCAAUGAGGUCCUCGGACUGGCAGCUCAGCAGCAAGGGAUGUUUGACAAUGCCCCUCUUCAGGCUCUCAACCUUCCUACAGCAUAUCCCACGCUCCAGGGCAUUCCUCCUGUGUUGCUCCCCAGCCUCAACAGCCCCUCUUUGCCGGGCUUUACUCCAUCCAACACAGCUUUAACGUCUCCUAAACCGAACUUGAUGGGUCUGCCCAGCACAACAGUUCCUUCCCCUGGCCUCCCCACAUCUGGAUUACCAAAUAAACCGUCCUCAGCAUCGCUGAGCUCCCCGACCCCAGCACAAGCCACCAUGGCGAUGGCCCCUCAGCAACCCCCCCAACCCCAGCAGCAGCUACAGGUGCAGCCGCCGCCGCCCGCAGCCCAGCCACCACCUGCACCACAGCUCCCACCCCAACAGCAGCAACAGCAGCGCAAGGACAAAGACAGUGAGAAGGUCAAGGAGAAGGAAAAGGCACACAAAGGGAAAGGGGAGCCCCUCCCUGUCCCCAAGAAGGAGAAAGGAGAGGCCCCCACAGCGGCCACAGCCACGAUCUCAGCCCCGCUGCCCGCCAUGGAGUAUGCAGUGGACCCUGCCCAGCUGCAGGCCCUGCAGGCAGCCUUGACUUCGGACCCCACAGCGUUGCUCACGAGCCAGUUCCUUCCUUACUUUGUACCAGGCUUCUCUCCUUACUAUGCCCCCCAGAUCCCCGGCGCCCUGCAGAGCGGGUACCUGCAGCCUAUGUAUGGCAUGGAAGGCCUGUUCCCCUACAGCCCUGCACUGUCGCAGGCCCUGAUGGGGCUGUCCCCGGGCUCCCUACUGCAGCAGUACCAGCAAUACCAGCAGAGUCUGCAGGAGGCGAUCCAGCAGCAGCAGCAGCAGCGGCAACUGCAGCAGCAGCAGCAGCAGCAGCAGCAGCAGCAAAAAGUGCAGCAGCAGCCCAAAGCAAGCCAAACCCCAGUCCCCCAGGGGGCUGCUUCCCCAGACAAAGACCCUGCCAAAGAAUCCCCCAAACCAGAAGAGCAGAAAAACGCACCCCGUGAGGUGUCCCCCCUCCUGCCGAAACCCCCCGAAGAGCCAGAAGCAGAAAGCAAAAGUGCGGACUCCCUCUAUGACCCCUUCAUUGUUCCAAAGGUGCAGUACAAGUUGGUCUGCCGCAAGUGCCAGGCGGGCUUCGGUGACGAGGAGGCGGCAAGGAGUCACCUGAAGUCCCUCUGCUUCUUCGGCCAGUCUGUGGUGAACCUGCAAGAGAUGGUGCUUCACGUCCCCACGGGCGGCGGCGGCAGUGGCGGCGGCAGCGGUGGCGGCGGUGGCGGCGGCGGCUCGUACCACUGCCUGGCGUGCGAGAGCGCGCUCUGUGGGGAGGAAGCUCUGAGUCAACAUCUCGAGUCGGCCUUGCACAAACACAGAACAAUCACGAGAGCAGCAAGAAACGCCAAAGAGCACCCUAGUUUAUUACCUCACUCUGCCUGCUUCCCCGAUCCUAGCACCGCAUCUACCUCGCAGUCUGCCGCUCACUCAAACGACAGCCCCCCUCCCCCGUCGGCCACCGCCCCCUCCUCGUCCUCCGCUUCCCCCCACGCCUCCAGGAAGUCUUGGCCGCAAGUGGUCUCCCGGGCUUCGGCCGCGAAGCCCCCUUCUUUUCCUCCUCUCUCCUCAUCUUCAACGGUUACCUCAAGUUCAUGCAGCACCUCAGGGGUUCAGCCCUCGAUGCCAACAGACGACUAUUCGGAGGAGUCUGACACGGAUCUCAGCCAAAAGUCCGACGGACCGGCGAGCCCGGUGGAGGGUCCCAAAGACCCCAGCUGCCCCAAGGACAGUGGUCUGACCAGUGUAGGAACGGACACCUUCAGAUUGUAAGCUUUGAAGAUGAACAAUAACAAACAAAUGAAUUUAAAUAAAAAAGAUUAAUAACAAACCAAUUUCAGAAAUAGACUAACUGCAAUUCCAAAGCUUCUAACCAAAAAAAAAAAAAAAAAAAAAAAAAGGAAAAAAAAGAAAAAGCGUGGGUUGUUUUCCCAUAUACCUAUCUAUGCCGGUGAUUUUACAUUCUUGUCUUUUCUUUUUUCUUUCAAUAUUAAAAAAAAACAAAAAACAACAAAAAAAAAACCACAAAAAAAUAACCACCUUAACCCUGUUACAUUGUGUCCUUUUGAAGGUACUAUUGGUCUGGGAAACAGAAGUCCGCAGGGCCUCCCUAAUGUCUUUGGAGCUUAAACCCCUUGUAUAUUUGCCCUCUUUUCAAUAAACGCCCCAUGUUGAUAGCACAGAGGAGCCCGGCAUGCACUGUAUGGGAAAGCAGUCCACCUUGUUACAGUUUUAAAUUUCUUGCUAUCUUAGCAUUCAGAUACCAAUGGCUUGCUAAAAGAAAAAAAGAAAUGUAAUGUCUUUUUAUUCUCAGGUCAAUCGCUCACACUUUGUUCUGUUUUCAGAAUCAUUGUUUUAUAAUAUUUUUUCAGUUUUUCUUUUGUUCCAGAAAAGAUUUUUUUUGUUAAUUUAAAAACGGGCAGAAAGUAUUCCAGAAAAACAAUGUGAACUGCUUUAGCUUUCUGGGGAUUUAAAGGAUAGCUUUUCUGCUGAAGCCAAUUUCAAGGGGAAAAGUUAAGCACUCCCACUUUCAGAAAAAAAAAAAAAAAACCCACACACAGAGUGUUGAGGACUUGUAGCUUAAAAAAAUAAGUUUUAAAAACUGACUUUCUGUAUUUAUGAUAGAUAUGACCAUUUUUGGUGUUGAGUAGAUUGUUGCAUUGGAAAUGAACUGAAGCAGUAUGGUAGAUUUAAAAGGAAAAAAAAAAAAACCUUUUGUGUACAUUUAGCUUUUUGUAUGGUCCAGCUGACAGCUCCUCAUUUGAUGUUGUCUUGUUCAUUCCUAGCAGAUAGAUUGCAAUCCGUUGAUUCGCCUAAGCUUUUCUCCCCUUUGUCCCUUAAUUCCACUUUCUCCUUCCUCCUCCCACCCUAUAAUCUCCCACUUAAGGUAGCUGCCUUCAUUUCUUCGAGGGAGCUACAGAAUUAUUUUAUAAAACUAAAGAAUUUCAAAAGGUUCUAGGGGUCAUUAGGAUCCUCACAGAUUAUUUUUGGUUGGGGAGUUGAAACUUUUUAAAGGCAUAUAAUUCUAGUUACCUAUGUCUGUAAGCCUUGUGCCAUUUAUUGUUUAUUUAUCCUUCCUCUUUAGCUUUCCCUUUUAUCCCUUCUUUUCCUCCUUGUUUGGUAGAUGCUUCACAUAUUCUUUUCUUAAACUAAAGCAUUUGUUUCAGUUUGUGUAAUUGGGCUGUAUGCUUUUCUUUCUAAAAAAGUUUUUGGUUAGGGGUUUUGUUUUUGUUUUCUUUCCUCUCAGAAAAAGAAAUUUCAUGCUUUAAAUAAAAUCCAAAGACACACCCUUUCACUGCUGAUGCAGAAAAAAGGGAAAGGGUUCUUGUUACUUGAGAAUUUGUUUCUGAUUUAAACAAACAAGACUUAGUUUAAUAAAAGAAAGAGUAAAAACAAAAGAUUCCCAGGUUGUUAUGUGCUUCUUCUGCAAGCAGAGAGGCAGCUGUUAAUGACAAUUCCAUAUACCAAAAGACACAUUUUUUUACUUCAAAGUUUUGUCCUUGUGUUAGGCAGUCUGAGCGGCGAGUGAUCCAGAGUGCAGCCAACAAAGAAGCAGAUAGCAAUGUACAAAGAGCAAAAAAGGAACCGUAUGCGAGGCACUUGUAUUUAUGUUAAUAUCUGUAUUCCUGUAACACAAAACACAACAUAACAUACACCCUUUCUCAUCUUAAAACAACGGUCUGAACUUUGAAAGGAAAACUUUGUGCUGCUAAAACGUAGAUUUUGGAGACAAAUAGAUGCUUUGCUGUUUCACUUUCAUAGCCAAACAUCAACAGAAACAAUCUCCCCUUACCCCAAAAGUGUGAAAUCCUUUUCCCCUUCAUUCUCUUCCUUAUGUUUCAAAAGGGAACUUUGAAGACUGUGAAUGCAGGUUCCAUUGGUCACCUUUCGGGCUUCUUUCCCCAGUGCUGAAGCCACUCAACGACUUUGCAAAAGACUGGAGCAUUCCAAGAUCUGAAAAUGGAUUUCUUUUUUUCUUUUUUCUCUUUAUCUUUUUUAGCCGGGACUAUUUUAUUUUUAUGAAUUUGUUUUUGAUUUAAUGAAAGAGUAGAUCCUGAACUGUUGUACAUAUUUCUAACUAGGCUGAUGCACAGUGCAAAUUCUUUUUUUUUUAAUUUUUUAAGUAGAAAUACUAAAGAGUACCAUCUAACUAUUCAUACCAGUAUCCAGUUGUAGCAUAAGGUGUCAAAAACAAGUACACAAAAACAUUUGCUGUUUUAACAAACUGUUUUCUUUUAACAAGAAUUCUUGUAUUUCUCCCUGUGUUUGAGAUGAACAUUUUUAAAUUUUAAAGUUGUACAGUUUUUUGUUUUCCAUUAUUUUAUCUUGUUUGUAACUCUAUGAAAUAUAUAUAUAUUUUUUGCCAUUUAACUGUUGUAUGUUACUCUGUGUCUGUAUCAUAUAGAUAAAAAAAUUGUUUUUGUUUUGGGUUCUCUAUGUGAUACCAAUUAACAAUUUAACACUAGCUUUACCUGUCAAAUUCUGCUAGGUUUUUUUCUGAAAACUUUGUUUUCAAAAAUGAUAUUGCUUGGUAAUAGUGCAAUUUCUAUCCCUUUUCCUCCUCCCUCAACUUUAAGUUCAUUUCCUUGAAAUUUUGCUACCCCCCUCCACAAUGGUUUUGUUUGUUUUUUGUUUUGUUUUUUGAGCUACUAUGCCAUCCUCCCUCUGUGAGGCAGAGUGACUGUCAGUGUUUUGUUAUGCCAUGCCUUGACCUGUGGGUGUAUUUGGUAACAGCGAGUGGUUGGGUAGAUUGGCUAAGCAUGCUUCCACCCGCCAGUGUUUCUCAGAGGGGUUAUGUGAUUGUUUCAUCCUGGAGUGGGUUGCACACUCAAUGCUUUCCUCUACAACUCUACCAUCCACAUAUAUGUUCAUUUAAAAAAUAAUUCUCCACAUUAACUCAGAAGUAGCAAAGCAGUCAGUGAUGGUGACAAUUAGAGGUCAAGUAUGAGCUAGUUAGAUGUUUGUGGGUUGACAUCCACUUUGGCUGUGACCAGUACCAUUUACAAAGCAUGAAUUCACUACAAUGCUCAACUGUUUAGAUUGGUCUCACUAGGAGAGUUUAACUCCUGUCUGUUGCAUAGUAGGUAGCUGAAUAGGAUAUCUCAACUCACUUUUUAAAUUAGUUCUUCACCUCUAUUGACACUUCAUACUUUGGUUGUUCUUUUUUUCCAAAUAUUCCAAAGUGUGGGUUGGCACUACACACCAUUCAGCCAUAGCACCAUAUGAACCCACCAAAUGGAACUUAUUUCAACCAUCCUUCCUCCAUCCUUCCAAAAAGAAACUUAAGAAGGAAAUACACACACACACACACACACACACACACACACACACAGAAAAGUUUAAUAAAUCUAGGAAGUUUUUUUUUAAUUAAAAGCUAUUUAAAGAAAUGAAUGUGGCCAAAGUUUUACAUGAUUGAAAAUAAAGUAAAACAGACGGCAUGUGUUUAAACCUGAGUUUAUCAGGCAUGGCAGGAAGUUGCAGGAGAGAGAGGCAGUGACCCAAGCCAGUGCACUUGAUAUUCAUGGACAUAUAUUUUUUUUAAAUAAAUUAAAACAUUUUAAAUAGAAGCAUAAAUUGAGUUGGUUGUUUGUUGGCGCUGAGAUACUGCCCACUGUGAAACAAAGCUUUGACUAGUUUUUUUUUGUUUGUUUACUUUCUGGGGGGGGGGGGAGGGAUGGGGGCAAGUUUGGGUAGGAAAGAAAGCAUAAAUGAACGUGACCCUGAGGUGAAGAGGUAUAUGAACAGCCUUUGCAAUGUACAAAAAACAAAAAACAAAAAAAACAAAAAAAAAAAAUAGAGCAAGUGAAACCAAAAAUGAUGUUCUUGGUGUUUUUCUAUAAUGUAGUCUUGUUAGCUUUUUUGUUACUGUAACAAUGCUGAUCUCGAACUGUACCAAAAUACAUGGAGACUAACAAACAGAACCACAUGGAACUUUCAAACUGAAAAAAAAAUUUGUCACAAAAACUUUGUUGUCAUAGUUAAGUUGAUUGUAGAUGGUAAUUGAAUAUACUCCUUUGAAAAUAUUUCAUCAAGUAUGUUUCCUGCUCAUUGUGAUACAUUAAAAAAAAUAUGAGCAAAA